CAGCCUAAGUUACAGUACACAACAGAAGGCCACAUUUCCCCUGCGUGCCCAACUGUUGAGAGACUUUUAGCCCCACCGCACAAAUAGCUGGACGCGGUUUUGGAAGAAGAACCAUCAUGCGCAAUUACGCACGGGACUAAAGGAAUUUGACGGCCAGCCUGUGUUUUUUUUUUUGUUUGUUUCUCCUCCAGGGCUGUCCAUAGUUUUGAGUGCUCUCCAUACAGAGACGAUAUCUAUGCGCGACGUCAUCAGUGCAGCCACAGCCACUCCUCAUCACUUAACUCUGAAGUUAACCAUCCAGUUCUCUAUGUGCACAGGACAGGAUGGGAUGCUCCACCAGUGCCCAAACUUCAGCGGUAGAUACGACUCGACCCAGUGCUAAGCCCGAGGAGAGCAACGGAGCCAGCACAACAGGGGCAGCCAAUGAGAAUGGGAAAGUAGCUGAGGACAGUGAAACUAUUCCAGAUCAGACACCUGCUGAGGGCGGCGAUGCUAAGCCUGCAGAGGAACCUGCUGCAGCCGCGGCAGCUGCAGACAGCACCGCUGCCGCUCCACCUGCAGGGGAGGAACCUCAGCCUGCUGCAGCCAGUCCGCCUGCAGAGGCAGCGGCACCUGCUGAAGCAGAAGCAGCACCUGCUGAAGCAGAAGCAGCACCUGCAGAAGCUCCGGCAGCAGACAGCAGUGCAGAGCCUGCAGCUGAAGCUCCUGAGCAAGAAAAAGCUGAGGCCACGGCAACUGAUUCAGAGCCCAAACCAGAGGAGACACCAGCCCCCAGCGAGUGAAGUGCAACAUCAAUCAGUGCAGGGAUGAGUUUGUUGGAAGUGUGUUAUCUUAUUUGUUUAUGCAUGAGUGAAAGUAUGUGUAGGUGUGUGUGAAAGACAUUGCCUUGUUGCCAAGAUGCAGACCCUGUGAUAAACCACUUUCAGUCAGGGUUCCUCAGUCAUCACUGUGCCUUCUUUCCCUAAUGAUGGUGUAUGGCUGCAAUUUCUGCUUGCAAAUUGUAUAUAGACAGAGUUCUACAGCACUUAGUGGGUGUGUUUAUUUUCAGAGGAAUAACUUGAAAUUUCUAUUUAUUAUCUGUAUAGAAAUUUAUAAUAGCAGAAACAUCAUAUAACUACUGUAUGUCUUUAACUUGAACCUAAGAGUCCAUUCUGUACUUUUCUACAAAAUUAUAAUCUUAAUCCUAAAACCAAAGCCAAAAUAGAUUUGAUUUAUGAAAUUAUUUUAUGGGUGUCAGGCUUUGAUUUUAUGUUUGUAAUGAAUAUAAAGAGCUGAUACUACAAUGAUGACUGAUUUUAAACAGAUUUUAAACUAAUGAAAUACAUGCAACCUUUUUUUCUGAUGUGUCAUUAUUUCUCUCUGGGAAGACAUCUGUAAUAAGCUAUGAACUGUCAAAAAAUUAAAAAGAACACCUUAAAAAUGA